AUGGUAGAACAGCUGUUCCGCGACAAGGUAUUCCGGAACAGCGUCACCUUGAGAAUGCGCUCAGUCAGCGUGGCGGAUACGAAAAUAGUUAAUGCACGCUUCCGCGAAUUUGACCACGUGAGCGCAGACCUGCACGAGAUGAGGCAUCUGCUACAUAAUGCCGAGUCGGGCAUUUCGCCAGAUCGGAUCAUCGAGGAUAUCGUCAUCUCACAACGGGGCGACGCCGUGUUGGAAUUCGCAAACAAGGACUCGGAUGAGUUUCCCGUCUUUCGCUUUCGGGUUUCUUCGCAUAUGCUGGCUGAAACAUCCCCGCUGUUUGCACAAAUCUUUGGGGCCCCGGAGAUGCUACCGAUGAUGUCAGAUAUGAAUGGGCAUGUGGCCCAAAACCUGCCUCCUACACCGACCAAUUACGUCUGCGCCGACGGUGCUGAGGUCAAGCUCUUUCGCAUGCCGCAGCUUGAAUUGAACAUGGGCAAAUCACUCGAGAUUCUUCUUCAUGCUGCCCACUUGCACAAUGACCAGGUUCCACGGGAUAUUGAAUUCGAUACAUUCGUGGCAGUCGCCGAAGUGUGCAUGCGCUAUCAAUGCACCGCGCCAUUAGAGUUGACUGUCGAAUACCUGUGGCUUCCGCAAUGGAUCCACAAGGCUGCCGAGGACAUAUCGGACGGCCUUCUUCUCGUCAGCUACGCCUUUGGUCUGAGAGGACUCUUCUCACGGGUGACCAAGACGGCUGUGCUGAAAAUUGUGGAUCAAAGUGACUUGGAGACAAGGCCAUUCCCUCAACGUGUCAAGGAAAAGAUCUGGAUGAUGAGAAACGCCAAGAUUGACCAGGUACACCAUUGUUGCAAUAGCCUGUUGCAAGAGUAUCUCCGCUGCCCACCCACCGGUGUCGAUAAGGACGCGAACCUUGGGCUCAUGCCUAGCUCGAAGCCCCGUUGCUCAAAGGGCAGCCACGCUUGCGACGCAUUAUCUCUUGGGUGGCUCAUGAUGGCCUUUAACGAGUCGGGAGUUCUGUCGCAGAUCAUGUAUACCAGUGGCCACACUCAGCGUCCCCCUCUCCCAAAAAUGAGUCUGGAACAGUUGAUUGACACUCUUCGUUGCAUCAGUAGUCCGCCAGAGUCGCACUCUGGGCCUUGCGACUUUGCUUCGACAUUCAAAGCAGCUCUCAACGACAUUUCCAAUAGUAUCAGGGGUCUCACCUUGUACGAUGUGUCCGGGCAGCACGGCUGGGCCCUCAGUAAACACAAAGCAGCAAACCAAGAGCCUACCAUGAAACCAGUCGAGCAGCAGCCGGACGAUGAUGCUGCGAGCCGAGGUAUUGCAGAUAUUGCAUUGAAGGUUCUUUCUCAACUUGACACUCUUGAAGAUGUGCAUAGUGCUGCUCUGGCCAGCAAAACAUUUUUCCGUGCCUUCAAGGACAACGAAGUGACAAUCUUGCGAGGUCUCAUUGCCAAAUCCGGACGACCUAGACGAUGGACUCUGAACGGGGCAGAGAGUAAAGAAGAGGCCAGGGCCGAGUUGGAGUUGUUGAGAAACGGGACUCGAACGGUCCAAGUCCAACAAGAAGCUCCCGAGGUGACUGAAAUUGAGGAGGUUCACCACUCAUGCGAAGUCGGUUCAGAAACCACUGGAAACUUCUCCCAAUUCACACCUGAUGACGACGACUCUGAUAGUGAAAGCCUUGUUGAAAUUAUCGCAGCCGGCCAGGCAUCGUUUGAGGGGAAGAUGACGCGCGAAGAAGCAGAACGGAUACUCUGGCCAGAUACCGAUACCACGGAACCAUCCCAGGUUGGCGAACGACUGACCCCUUUUAGCCAAGGCAGCGACCUGGCAACAUUAGGCGACGGCAUAAGAGAAUCGACAGAAAAGUUCUUGGCGGGCGACCUAGUGCUAGACAAUCCCGAGCACAAGUCAUUGGUGACAGAAGAGGGCAAGAAUCUGAGCGGCGAACACUAUAGACGGAUCGGUCUUGCGAGGACAAAUAUCAACGUGGAAGGAGACCAUGUGUUUUAG